AAAACCAGAUAGCAUCAAACAUUGCCGAACUGCGAAUGCUAACUCAUAGUUGAUUUCUUCUCAAAAGUGUAUUUGAUAGUUUAUAACAAGCUGUUAUUCUAAGACUAAACGUUUCAUUAUACUUUAGUAUUUUCAAGACUUUUAUCUGAAAGUAAACAUAAAGAAAACGAUGUAUAAUGUAAUGGGAAAUACAGUGAAAUGCCUCUUAUUUUUAUCAGGUGUUUUAAUAAUAGAUGCAAAAUCUUUAAGAGGAAGACUUGAUAUCGUUGAGAAAAGAAUGAGCGUUGUUGAAUCACGAGUAAGUGCUGACAACGAACUGGCAAAAGAAAUGUUUGUGUCAUUGCAACAAAAUUUCGAUGAACUUAACAAUUCUAUGAUAAAUUUCAAGGAUCAAAUGUGUCCCAUAAUGGAUCAACAGACAGGAAAAAAGGAGCAAACCAAUUCUGCAAAACGUGUUGAACAUCUAAAGUCAAGCCAGGUGCUGGUACUAUUAGGACUUAAAAGAGAGAAACAAUGGACAAGAAAUCAAAUGAAAAAUCUUACUAUUCAGUUAACAGAGCAUACAAAUCAGUUAGAAAAACACUUUGAAAACCUAACCGAUCAGAUUCAUUUACAAAAUGACCAGUUAACUAAAAGUUACUCGAAGUUCAAAAUUGAGAUGACAGGCAAAAGUGAAAGGGAGAAAAACUGGACAAGAAAUCAAGUGGAAAAACUUACGGGUCUAGUGAAUGAACAAACUGAUCUGCUAAAUCAGAACUUCUCAGAGCUCAAAAACGAACUCAAAGAUGACAAAGAAGAAAUGGAAAGCAAUCUAGAAGUGAUCAAUGCAAAAAUUGAUGAUAAAAUCCAAACAAAACUGAGUAAACUGGACGAAAUAAUCGCAAAUAAUGUAAAAGAUAUGAGGGAAGUGUCUCUUAAGAGUGACACAACAGAGCAGUUGAUAUGUACCCAGCAGAGAGAAAUAGAAGCUUUAAAAGAAACUCAAGCUAAACUUUUAAAAUUGGUAAAUUUUGAUUAUACAUGUCUAUCGGACUGGACAAAAUAUUCAUCAUAUUGCUAUUUGUAUGUUGACGAGACAAAAACGUUCAGUGAAGCUCGUGCCCAUUGUAAGCGUCUAGGAGCAACUGUGUCUGACAUUGAAAAUGAAGCAGAGAAUACUUUUAUCAAGGGGUUAAAACGUUUUUAUGGUUUCAGUUUGUGGAUCGGUUAUUCUGACGAGAUAGAGGAGGGUACUUGGAUAUCAGAAAGAACUGGUAAACCUGAAUCAUUCACAAACUUUCGUACCGGUCAACCCAAUGGAGGUACUCGUGAGAAUUGUGCUUAUAUGGGAUGGACUCCGGCGAUCUAUG